GCGGUUGAAGUGGCAGCUUGGAGUUCUAAGAAUGGUAAAAGGGCUUCCAACAAUUGGUGUACCCAAUGUUCCCUUAAUUUCACAGAUUCCUCUGCAAUAAUAUUCGUCUUUUCUAGAAAAGGUCUGUCACUGUGGGACACUGACAACGGUGGUGCCACGCCAUUGCACUGGGCCACACAAUGUUGCGCUGCCAAGGUCGUUCGAUUUAUUCUCCAAUCCGGUAAAUCACCUCAAGGCCUAGCGCCAUUUCUAGUCGCGGACAAGGAUGGUGUCACGCCAAUACACAUAGCAGCAUGUGGUAAUGGUAAAAUACUUCAGAUGUUCAUCGAUGCUGUCACUGCUACAGACGAUGUGUUCGGCUUUUGGCCCAUACACAAAAGAGCCGUGGCCCUUGCCUACGCGCAUCUAAAAGCUAGCGUUGAGUGUGUGAGGUUGAUCUUAGUCACGGUUUUUACGUACACCAUUUCUCCGUCAUUUCCGUGCGCUGUAUGCAGAAAGGAUAUUUGUCACAUCCUUUCCAGAUUUCACCCAGCUUUGGGUCUGCCUGUCGAUGCGAGAGAUUCAUGUGGUCUAACUCCACUUAUGUGUGCUGUCGGGGUUCCAUUCGCACAAGGAGUGGAUGUUUGCCGCCUUCUCGCCCGACGAAAAGAAAUGUCGAUCUCAGCCCGAAAUCGCGAUGGUCUGUCAGCAAUUCAUUUGGCAGCUAUCGCUAAUAAUCUCCAGGUGCUCAAGUUAUUCGCCGAGGAGAUGGGCAAGAAUGUUGAGGUAAGACAACCACAUAACCACUAA